GCGACGCUUCCCCUAAGGGGUGGCCGCGGCGUUUUCUGAGGCAGUUGGCUGGGUCUGAGGAUUCCUCGGCGGCGUCGCCACACGCAACCAUGAAGUUGAAGGAGACAAAAUCAAGGCCAAAGCCACCAACGUGUCACAAAUUUCAGAUGAAGGGAAUCAAAGUUGUGGGAAAAUGGAAGCAGGUGAAGAUUGACCCCAACAUGUUUGCAGAUGGACAGAUGGAUGACUUAGUGUGCUUUGAGGAACUGACAGAUUACCAGUUGGUCUCCCCUGCCAAGAAUCCCUCCAGCCUCUUCUCAAAGGAAGAGCCCAAGAAGAGAAAGGCACAAGCUGUUUCAGAAGGAGAGGAGGAAGGAGAGGCCAGCUCCCCAAAGAAAAAAGUCAUGUUGAAGAAGAGUAAAGAUGUGGAAACUGAAGGUGCCAGUGCCCAGAAAGAAUUCGAGGUAAAAGAUGCUGAGCUAGGGCUUCAGGAAGAUGGCUCCAUUUGUCCUGAGCCAGAGGUGGAAGAGAUAGCAUCAGGAAGCCAGGCCCACACUGUUCCAAAAAAGAAGAAAAAGAAAGGGAAAAAAAAAUUGGAGCCUUCCCAGGGCACUACUCCGAAGGUGCCCAGAAAGGCGAAAACAUGGAUGCCCGAAAUGCAUGACCAGAAGGCUGAUGUGUCAGCUUGGAAGGACCUGUUUGUGCCCAAGGCGGUACUCCGAGCACUCAGCUUUCUAGGCUUUUCUGCACCCACACCAAUCCAAGCGCUAACCUUGGCACCUGCCAUCCGUGACAAACUGGACAUCCUUGGGGCUGCUGAGACAGGAAGUGGAAAAACUCUUGCCUUUGCCAUUCCGAUGAUUCAUGCAGUGCUGCAGUGGCAAAAGAAGAAGCCUGCCCCAACUCCAAGUAAUACUAGAGUGCCACCUGGAGAGGCCAAAGCUGAGACUGGAUCACCAAACAAGGCUGGAACUGAGUCUGGAACAUUGCUUGAUGAGACCGGAAUUGAGAGUAAAGCAGUGUCCAGUGAGGCUGAAGCUAAGGCUGGAGCACCACCCUGCAAGGCCAAAGCAAAGACCGGAGCUACUGUCUCAGACCAGGUGCUGCUGCUCUGUGAUGAUGAUGCUGGUGAAGGACCUUCUUCCCUGAUCAAGGAGGAGCCUAUCUCCAAACAGAAUGAGGACAAAGAAGAAAAGCUCAAUGAAGAGCAGACUGAAAAGUUAAAACAAGAGCCAAAUGGCAGAAUUGCCACCUGUAAAGAACAUCCAAAGCGUCCUCUACUUGGACUGGUUCUGACUCCCACUCGAGAGCUGGCUGUCCAGGUCAAACAGCACAUUGAUGCUGUGGCCAGGUUUACAGGAAUUAAAACUGCUAUUUUGGUUGGUGGAAUGUCCACGCAGAAACAGCAAAGGAUGCUGAACCGCCAGCCUGAGAUUGUGAUUGCCACUCCAGGCCGGCUGUGGGAGCUGGUUAAGGAAAAGCACCCUCAUUUGAGUCACCUUCGGCAGCUCAGGUGCCUGGUAGUGGAUGAGGCCGACCGGAUGGUUGAGAAAGGCCACUUUGCUGAGCUCUCCCAGCUACUGGAGAUGCUUAGCGAUGCUCAGUACAACCCAGAGAGACAGACACUUGUUUUUUCUGCCACACUGACCCUGGUACAUCAGGCUCCCACUCGAAUCCUUCAUAAGAAGCACACCAAGAAAAUGGACAAAACUGCCAAGCUUGACCUCCUCAUGCAGAAGAUUGGCAUGAGGGGCAAGCCCAAGGUCAUCGACCUCACAAGGAAUGAGGCCACAGUGGAGACGCUGACAGAGACCAAGAUCCAUUGUGAAACUGAUGAGAAGGACCUCUACUUGUACUACUUCCUGAUGCAAUAUCCAGGCCGCACUUUAGUGUUUGCCAACAGCAUUUCCUGCAUCAAACGCCUUUCUGGGCUUCUCAAAGUCCUGGAUAUCAUGCCGUUGACCCUACAUGCCUGCAUGCACCAGAAACAGAGGCUCAGAAACCUGGAGCAGUUUGCCCGUCUGAAAGACUGUGUUCUCCUGGCAACAGAUGUGGCAGCCCGGGGUCUGGAUAUUCCUGAAGUCCAGCAUGUCAUCCAUUAUCAGGUCCCUCGCACCUCGGAGAUUUAUGUUCACCGAAGUGGUCGAACUGCUCGUGCUACCAACGAAGGCCUCAGCCUGAUGCUGAUCGGGCCUGAGGAUGUGAUCAACUUUAAGAAGAUUUACAAAACCCUCAAGAAAGAUGAGGACAUCCCAGUGUUCCCUGUGCAGACAAAGUACAUGGACACAGUCAAGGAGCGAAUCUGUUUAGCUCGACAGAUUGAGAAAGCUGAGUAUCGGAACUUCCAGGCUUGUCUACACAACUCUUGGAUUGAGCAGGCAGCGGCUGCCCUGGAGAUAGAGCUGGAAGAAGGAAUGUAUAAGGGAGGAAAAGCUGAUGAGCAAGAAGAGCGUCGGAGGCAAAAACAGAUGAAAGUCUUGAAGAAGGAGCUGCGCCAUUUACUCUCCCAGCCGUUGUUUAAAGAUGAUCUGAAAACCAAGUAUCCGACUCAGUCUGGCAAGCCCAUCGUCGUGUCUGCUCCAGGAAAUGGCAAGUCUGCUUUGAGCUGCAUCUCCAAACAGAAGAAAAAGAAGAAGAAGAAGCUAAAAGAGCAGCAGCAGCCACAGCCAAGUACAAGUGCAGAUUAACUGCCCCCGGGCAGAGUGUGUUGGGGACAGCACAGUGGUAUCUGUUCUCUGCUUUUAUGUGAAACCUUCCUCCCCACCCUUUUCUUUUACUCUGUGUCAGGUCCAGUUACAGAAGUCUCCCUGUUCUCCACCCUUUCUGCACAGCAGGAGAGACCUCCCACAGAUUUGUGUUGUUUGGGAGUAAGAAUUCUGUACUUCAGUGCUAUAGGCUUCGUAUAUGUUCACCUUGAUUUCCUAAAUUAAAAACAGUGGUCACAACUGGCGUGUCAUCCUGAAUUUGUAGCCAGCAGAUGGGCAGUGGUGCAGCUGUGUCCCAUUGAUAACUGGGUUCUCUGGGCCAGUGUGGUGCUAGGCCCUCUGGGUGGGCGAGCACAGUGCCGUGGU